AUGCCCUUCCGUCUGCAUGUCGUCCGCCACGCCGAGGGUACCCACAACCCGAAACACGACACUACUAUUCUCGACCCACCACUAACAGUCACGGGUGUCGAACAAUCAAAACAACUAGGCCAUGAUUUCCGAUUCAAGGACACCGUGGGUCUUAUCAUUACUUCUCCUUUCCGUCGAACUAUUCAAACAACCCUCCAUGGUUUCAGCUCCACACUCGACUCUCGAUACUACAAGAAGUCAGGCGUCGUAAAUGGCGCAAGGCUCAUACUAGGCGCAGACACACAAGCACACUCUGCUCGGCCGUGCGAUACGGGUUCAGAAAUCUCCGUUCUGGAGGAUGAAUUUGUCGAAUUACCUUGGGGUGAACUGAAAGUGGAAUUGGAUCCUGUCUUCCCGGCGAAGACGGGGUUGUAUGCGCCUGAUAGGGAGACCUUAAUUGCGCGUGGGGAGAGACUGAGGAGAGGGUUGGAGGCGCAGUUUGUUUCUAUCGAGGGUAGCGACAGGCCGGACUUGGUACUUGUUACGCACGGCGGAAUGAUGCGAUUUGUCAUUGGGGAAGCUGGGGGUGUUGGACCUGCGCAAUGUAGGAGUUUUGAGGUUUCCUUUGAUGAUGGAAAGCUGAUUGUGGAGAGAGAAAACUAG